AUGAAGAAUUUUCAGUGGCUGAAGCAAAUAGCAAACACCCACAGCAAGCUCGAGAGGAGGCUCUCACUGGGCGAGUACAAACGUGCUGUCUCAUGGUCAAAAUACUUAGUCUCCUCAGGAGCUGAAAUCAAAGGUGGGGGUGAGGAUGAAUGGAGUGCUGACAUGUCACAGCUUUACAUAGGCAACAAAUUUGCCUCUGGGAGGCACAGCAGAAUCUACAGGGGUGUUUAUAAGCAGAGAGAUGUGGCCAUCAAGCUCAUUAGCCAGCCUGAGGAAGAUGGAGACUUGGCUGCAUUCUUGGAGAAACAGUUCAAAUCAGAGGUUGCUUUGUUGUUCAGGUUAAGGCAUCCUAACAUCAUCUCUUUCAUAGCAGCAUGCAAGAAAGCUCCAGUCUUUUGCAUAAUAACCGAGUACUAUCCCGGUGGGUCCCUCAGAAAAUACCUUCACCAGCAAGAACCAUAUUCCCUCCCAUUAAACCUCGUCCUAAAGCUAGCCCUCGACAUUGCUCGUGGCAUGCAGUACCUUCACGCUCAAGGUAUACUUCACAGGGACCUCAAAUCCGAAAACCUUCUUCUCGAUGAGGACAUGUGUGUAAAAGUAGCGGAUUUCGGCAUAUCGUGUUUGGAGUCUCAAUGUGGGAGUGCAAAAGGGUUCACGGGGACUUACCGAUGGAUGGCGCCUGAAAUGAUCGAGGAAAAACACCACACGAAGAAAGUCGAUGUGUAUAGUUUCGGUGUUGUUGUGUGGGAGCUUUUGACCGCUUUGACCCCGUUUGACGAUAUGACUCCAGAACAGGCUGCUUUUGCCGUGUGCCAAAAGCACGCGAGGCCACCGAUACCUUCUUCGUGCCCCACUGCACUUCGCCGUCUAAUCCACCGUUGCUGGUCAAAAAAUCCAGAAAAGCGGCCCCACUUUGACGAGAUCGUGAGUCUGCUCGAGAGCUAUUUGGAAUCGGUCGAGCAAGACCCGGAAUUUCUUUCGAACUAUGAGCCACAAGAAAGUUGUGCUGUCUUGAGAUGCCUGCCGACUUGCAUGGCCGCCCGUCGGUCCCCGACUCUAAAGGCGUGA